GGUUAACACCUCGAGGAAUUGUUAUUGGAACUCUUUUGGGAAUGGUGCUUCAUGUAAAAUUUAGUCCAGAUGAUCAACAAGUGGCCGUAUGUGCUGGAAAUCAGAUCUACAUGUUAAGUGCGAAGAAGGAAGCUGUUCUAGCUGAAUUGGAUGGCCACCUGGCUCCAGUGACUGCUGCUGAGUUUUGCACAUGGGAGAAAAGUAUGCUUGUAUCAGUGUCAGAAGACAGAACCUUUAAGGUGUGGGACUAUGCUACCGGCCAGUUAAUUCAUCAGUCAGAAGUAUUAACAGCAUUUCCUUUGCUAAGUCUGCUGGUUGAUGAAGAAAAUAAACAGAUUAUCACUGGAUGUUCUGAGGGACAGCUUUGGAUCUUCAGUUUAAUCAGUGAUCAUAAUUAUCGUUGUGUAACACGUAUCAACUUAAAGAAAAAACAAGAGAAAUUCUAUAAUGAAGUGUUGAAAUCUGGAAAAGAAAUAGGUGAAGGGCAAAAUAUGUCCAAGCUUUGCAAAACAAAAACCGUGAGACCAGAAGGAUCAGUGGAAACAUCAUUUCCUAUCCUCUUAAUUGAACACUGUGACUUUCUAGUGUGUUUCCAUAAUGAAGAAAACAGAUGUUCUGCUCUGAAUACUAGCUAUUUUUGGAUAGGAAGCUCUACUGGCUUGUUAAUACUUAAUCUGGCAAACUUUGAAUUAGAAGCUUUUUUAUCUUACAAAGAUUUCAGUGACCUCAGCAUUCAGUUUGUCAGAUCGUGUGCAUUAACAAGGAAGGCAGUCAAGGGAAAGGUUUUAUGCUUGGUCACAUCAGUGUUUGAAGAUAUGACUGCUGUGUUGGAAGUUAACCUUACUGCAUUGGUGAGAACUCAGCAGAGGAAUUUUCUCCCAUGUGGAAAUGAGAAGAGUCUAUCAGUUAUUGCCAGAUGUUCUUUACUGAAAAGUUCUCCAUUGUGUAAAGGUUUAAAGAAAAACAUGAAAGAACCUUCUAGUAAAAAACUUGGAGUGAAAAGCACAGUGAAAGAUCAGCCAUUAGUUUUCCAUAAUAAAAUUAAAUCGUCAGGUUAUACAGCAGCACCACGAAUGACCAUGUUUUCCCCAGUUAAUAAUCUGAAGAAAAAUAAGGUAUCUAAGUGGAAGACCAGUUGUAAAUGUAAAAAUAAAGAAUAUCCAUUGGAAACUUGUCCUCCAAUCAAAUAUGAGAAAGAGAUAUCUGUAACUUGUAAACCGACCCCAAUUUGUUGCAUUCAGUAUUCUGGGGAUGGAGAGAUGCUGGCUUGCGGCCUGGCUGACAAAAGUGUGCUGAUCUUCAGUUCCAAUCUCGCUGAUACAUAUAAUGUUUUUUCAGGUCAUGAUGGUGCAGUUAACUCUGUUGGCUGGAGUCAUGACAAGAAGUGGUUAGUUUCUGCAUCAGAAGACAGAACUUUAAGAGUCUGGUCAGUCUGCAAUAAUGAACCUGCCUUAAUUCUGGACAAAGAAAAGUUCCAUAAGACUGUGCGCUUUGCACAAUUUUAUUUUAUAGAUGCAUUUAUAUUGCUGUGUUGUGGAGCUGAAUUUCAUGUAUUAAGUUUCCAUCCAGAUACAACCAAGGAUGACCUCAAAAGAUAUAAACAGAGAAGCGUUUGCAAAUUGGUACAGAAAUUUCCCAUGGCUUCAACAAUGGAGAUUACCAGCCUUUCAGCUGUAAAUGAAUUCUACUCUUAUAUUGUACUUACAGCUGGUAGCAACCGAGCACUGGAAGUUUUUGACCUCAAUGCAGGCUGCAGCACAGCAGUGAUACCAGAAGUUCAUACUAGAUCGGUCCAUCAGAUCUGCCAAAAUAAGGGGUCAUCCUUCAGUACUCAGCAACCCGAAGCUUACAAUCUUUUCAUGACCACAGCUGCAGGUGAUGGCAUCAAACUCUGGGAUUUAAGAACUCUGAGGUGUGAACGUCGUUUUGAAGGGCACAGUAGCCGCUGCUAUCCAUGUGGAAUUGCAGUGUCUCCUUGUGGACGGUUUAUAGCCAGUGGAUCAGAUGACAAAUGCGCUUACAUAUAUGAAAUGUGUUCAAGCACUUUUUCACAAAAACUGGGGAGACACACAGAAUCUGUUAUCAAUGUGACUUUUAGUCCCUCAUCUCCACAG